GCGCGGCCCCGCUGACAGCAGCCGGGGGGGGCGGGGGCUCAUGGCGGCCGGGUCCGGAGGCAGGAAGCCCGGCGCCCCGCGAGACGCGGAGUCCGAGGUCUGGUCCCGCCGCGUCAGGGACCUGGUGGGCUCCGGGCCCGGCAACCGCCUCUGCUUCGAGUGCGGCCAGCGCGGCGUCACCUACGUGGACAUCACGCUGGGCAGCUUCGUGUGCACGGGCUGCUCGGGCGCGCUCCGGGGCCUGAACCCCCCGCACCGCGUCAAAUCCAUUUCCAUGACCACCUUCACCGAGCCCGAGGUGCUGUUUCUGCAGGCCCGCGGCAACGAGGCCUGCCGGAAGGUUUGGCUGGGCUCCUUUGAUCCCCGCACGUCACUGCUCCCGGAUUCCAGGGACCCACAGAAAGUGAAGGAGUUCUUGCAGGAGAAAUACGAGAAGAAGCGAUGGUACGUCUCACCGGAUCAAGCCAGGGGUGCCGCCUCCCUGGCCAGCCAGAGCUCCACCCCAGAGGUGAAGCCCCAGCAGACACUUCUAGGGGACUCGGGAGCGCUCCUCACAGCUGCCGGAUCCAGCCGGAACUUGGGCCAGCCCCGCCUGCCGCACCAGCGCACCUCCCAGCCAGCCAAGAAAGCCAGCACGGACCUCCUGGCGGAUAUAGGCGGGGACCCUUUCGCUGCUCCCCAGCCGUCCCCCGCCUUUGCCAUGUUCCCUGCCUUCCCGGGCCAGGCUCCAGCCCACGCUGCCUUUGCCAAUUUUGAUGCCUUUGGGUGCAGCCCGGUAGUGUCGGCAUUCGGGGGGGCAUCGGUGCCAUUCCACACCCAGCCGACAGCUGCAGCCAGUCGGACAGUCCCAGGCGGUUACAGCUUUGGGGGUGCUCAGGUGAGCGGCUUCGGCGCCUCCCCCUCCAGCCACCCUAGCAGUGGGAUCCCGGACAUGGGCGGAGCACCCAGCAGCCUCUUUGGGAGUCUGAGCCAGCCGGCGGCCCUGCCCCCGCCCGGCCCCGUGCCCGCCUACGGGGCCUACGCCAACCCCUUCGCCCCGCCUGCCGCCCCGCCCGCCCGACCCAACACCAACCCCUUCCAGCCCAACGGCACCACGCCAGACGGCAGCUCCGUCCCCGCCCUUCGUCAUCAAGCAUCCAGCCACCAACCCCUUCUUAUAGCGAGGUGCCCGGACGCUGCUCUGGGCUGGAAGUGCCCAUCCCAUCCAGCAGGGGCAGGCUGCUGCAGCCACACACACACCCCGCGCCGGCUUCUGGCUGUGCAGCCCCGACGCCGUGGGGAUGGGCUGGAACACGUGCUUUAACUACUGCAAUGGCUUCUAAGGGAAGCGGCCCCGAGGAGAGCGGUUCUGGGCCCAGCACCGAGGCAUUCUGGGACUUGUAGUCUCGGUGGGGAUUUUUCAGCAGGGCAUGCUGGGAAAGUGGAGGGGGCGGGAAUGUGGGUCGGGGGUUAGCUGGCCCUUAAGCGGGGUUUGGGAUUCUGCCGGGCCUAGUGGUCCAGAGGGGAACCCCAGGGGAGCUGGAGGCGGGGCAGCAAUGCAUUCUGGGAAAGGGAGCCCUCUCUGCUUCUCCUCCCAAGCAAGAGGGGCUGGGGUCCCUGGGGGGCUGGGCUGUCCCCUUCUGAGCCGCUCUGACCCCACCCCGGUCUAGGCUCUGCCCGAGUGAGAUUCUCCCCACCCAGACCCACUAACAGUGCAGCCCCGGCCCCUCUUCGUGGAGUGGAACCCAGGAGUCCUGGCUCCUCACUACCCCUCCCCCCUGCUGUCACCCCAUCCUUGGCCAGCUGCUUCCUCGCAGCCCCUGCGUUCCAGACCCCCUACUCCCGAGACAGGGAUGGGGGGACCUGGCCCGGCCUUCAGGCUCCCCCCUCCCCCGGCUCUGCCCCGCAGGCUGCUAGCCCUCGAAUCACUGCCCCCCUCCCCCGUUGGGGGGCUGGCCGUAGCCACUGGGCGCCCCAGAUCCCAGCCCCACAACAGCAUCCCCAGCACGUUCUGCCCCCCUGACGGCGUGCGCUCGGGGUCCCCCUCCCCGCUGAUCUUCACCAGGCCUGCACCGAGGGCAGCCCCCCUCUGCUGCAAGUGCUGGGGAGAGAACCCAGGAGUCCUGGAUCCUGGCCCCCCCUGCUCUGACCCACCUGCCCCCGCUCCCCUCCCAGAGCCGGGGAGAGAACCCAGGAGUCCUGGCUCCCUCCUGCCCCACCAUUUGCUAAUUUCUUUGUCAGUUUCCUCUCCACUUGGAAUCCUUUUCCUGCCCCUCCAUCCCCAGGACGCCCCCAAACGCUGCUGCCAAUGGGCACCCCCCCCCCCCCCCGUGGGAGAUCACCCCCCACUGCUGCUUUGGACAAAUAUCCCCUCGCUCAGCUUCACACCCCCUCCUGGUUUUGGGGGGGCCACGCUUUGUCCCCUCCCCCCCGGAACAAGGGGCCGUGCUGGCAGUAUUUUUCUGAGAGAAAAGUGAAUGAUCUUUUUAAUAUAUAGAGACGUUUUUGGCGCUGGAAAUGGUUCUCUCGAGAUCGCUCUAUAAAAUCUAUAUUGGACCUUU